AGUUGCACAUGGUUUCUGUCUGAGGAGGUUUAGUUUCCUCAGGCUCUGGAUGGAAGAGGGAUGAUGCCAGAAAGCUGCAGGCAAACACACAUGUUCAAAACUUAAUGGGGGCUUCGACUUGCUUCCUUCUGCACUGAUAGACUUGCAAGGAUAUUUUAAAUAAUCUAAAAAUCACUUUUGUAGGUUUGCAGAGUUUAAUUUUUGCUUAUAUGGAAUAGCAUUUAAUGUGGCUGAAUCCUGAAGGGCUUGUUGUUCACAAUUAUUCAAAUUUGUGGAAGUAAGACAUCUUGGGACUUUCUUUUUUCUUUUGGAAAACUGGAAAAUGUUUCAUAAUGAGUUCGAUGGCACCUCGAAGGUAAAUUGCUGACUACCUAUUGGUGUUCCUGGACACUUGCUUUGUGGGAACAAAGGUGAAGAGGACUGCUACAUCACCACCAUCAAGCUGAGCAUCAGCAAACUAGACAAGUUGUUUAUAAAGGACUCUUGAGCAAGGAAUCAUGAAAGACAACUAUGGUGGAUACGAGAACCAGCUUUUCAAAGAGGAGGAUUUUACUGGAGAGGAGGAAAUGCCUUCAUUUAGAGGUCGUAGCAGAGGAGGCUGUAUGAGGUGCCAGCAGAGCCACUCUCUCCAGCUGGCUGUCAAAGUCCUCUAUGGAUUUGUUGCAUUUCUUGUCAUUACUGUGGCAGUGCUGGCGUCACUUGUGUUCAGGAAGGUUGACAACCUCUCUGAGGAGGAGUCCGUCUACCACAAGAAGAUCACCAGUGUUCAGCAAGGAAUAGAGGAUCUGAGCUCCACCUCUAACUGUUCAGGCUGUCUGGAUGUGACUCUGUACAGCGAGGAGAUCAGCCGGCUGAAGAGAGAGUUUGAAGACAUCCAGAGAAUGAUACUGGGGCAGGAGCAGGUCCUGGACCAGGCCUCCCAGACCCAGUCCACCCUAAAGUCCACCAGCAACCGGCUCACACGUGAUAUGCAAAACCACCUCAUGUCGAUCAAAAUUCUCAACCAGUCGCUGGAGAGAUACCUGGAUCGGGUGGAGGGUUGGAAGGACGUGAUCGAGGAAACUGAAGAGAAAAUGAAGACUCUGGAGGAGGAUCAGUAUGACAUCAAAGCUACAGCACAGCAAGUUAACACAACUGUGGCACUCAGUACAAUGUGGAUAGAUGCCCUGCAGAGAAAAGCAGAUGAGGAGACUCUGGUUCUCCAGAAGUUAACCAGCGACUGGCAGAACUACAGCCGAGUUUUGAGCGCCAUCAAAUCCAACACGAGCAGCACCACACAAAACAUGCGCUUCCUCCAAAACAACAUCGUAGCAGAUCACCAGAGAAUCGCCAUGUCCACUGAGGUGUACUACGACCUCACCCAGCAGGUGAUGAACCUACAGAUGCAACUUGACAAUGUGACAUCUUUCAUGGACGAGCACGAGGAGAACAUGCAUGACCUUCACUACCAUUCCAGGUACUAUGAGAACCGGACAGGUGAGCGUUUCUCUGCACUGGAUGGUCGUCUGAACUCCAUCUCGAUGGAGAUUGACACAAUCUCCUCCAGCAUCAAUGCCACCGUCAGCCACGUCCAGAGCAUGUACAAGUACAUCAACAUCGAGAGCUCAUCCUGCCAGAGUCGCAUGGGAAGACACACAGAAGACCUACAGAACCUGAACAACACAGUCUUGUUACUUCUUCACUUGGCCGACACACUGAGACAGCAGAACAUGUUGUUGAAUGUGCGACUGGAUAUGGAUGUGAGGAACCUGUCCAUGGUGAUGGAGGAGAUGAAGCUUGUGGAUGUUCACCAUACCCAGCUCAUAAAGAACUUCACUAUAGUAAAAGGUAUUCCUGGACCACCAGGGCCCAAAGGGAACCGUGGCGAGACCGGCUCAAAAGGACCCAUGGGACUGACUGGGAGCAAAGGUGACCGAGGCCCUACAGGAAGCCGUGGAUUACUAGGAGAGAAAGGUUCUUUUGGGCCCAAAGGAGAACCAGGUGAAACAGGCCCAAGUGGCAAUAGAGGGUCAAUAGGAAUCAAAGGAGCUAAAGGGUCUCCUGGUCUUCCAGGACCACGUGGUGAGAAAGGCCAGAAAGGUGACAUAGGCCUCCCUGGUUUAGAUGGUGUCCAAGGUCCCUCAGGGCCUCCAGGCAUCCAGGGUCAGGCAGGACUACCAGGAAUCAUUGGGCUACCAGGAGCAAGGGGAAAACCAGGGCCAGACGGGCCCCCUGGACCACCAGGAACCCCUGGACCUCCAGGCUUGCCGUACCCCCGUGACCGUAUAAUUACCCAGCAGCGGGCCGUGACGCCUGCUACGGGGUCCAAGAGACAGUAGAACGAUGGAUGAAGACACUGACUCAGAGGGGAUUUGUCCCGUACAAAGAAGCUUAAGAAUUACUGACGGAUACAAACUGAGGGAAUAUCAUCCAUUGUGACCAGAGACGCAGAAAUGCAUUUCUGUGGGAUUUUGCAAGAUAAUCGAGAACAUUAUGAACAAAUGCAACAAAUCAAAUUGGAAAUGGGGCCUUAAAGGAGACAUUCCCCCUCAUAAUAUGACGUGGCCACAUGAAAUGAACCAAGAGGAACGUCUAAAAAGUAGAAAACACAACUGCUGCCACAGACUGAACUGUUGUGAGAAAGAAGACUACCCAAGACCUAAAAUGAACUUUGUUUUGACAGACAUUGAAUUUUGUAUGGUGGUACGUUGGAGAAAACUGCCUUCAUACAACACAUGGGUCUCAUAACUACUUUUGCUGAGUGUUUCCUUCUACACCAAAGCCAAAGAAUAUCCAAAUACAACAGGUCCAUAAAUGAAUGACAUAGCUCGAGGGUUUACCAGAAUUUAAAACUUCAUUACGAGAUUAACAGGAAUGAAAAACGUCUUGCCUGGUUAAAUGUACUGAAAGCAAGGAAUAUAUUUGAGGUUGUUGUCAAGCCACCAAAACCAAAUGGGGCAUAAUAAAUAGGAGGGCUGUUAACCACAGAUUUGGACUAAAGUAGUGGUGUUUUCCCAUCCAGACUGCUCAAGGGUUUACAUUCCCAUGCACUACUAUAUGGGCACAGAAAAAAAACAUCUUUUUGUUUUUACUUUAUGUACACAUUGACACCCUUUUUCUGAUGGAUGACACUUUAUUGGUUCUAAAGUGUAAACAAUUUAAUCAGUUUGCUUUUCUUUUAGCAUUUCAGAGCAGGUACUCUGAAGACUUCUUUUAUCUGCUGGGCAAAACUGUCAUUUUAUCAUCUAUCAUCGUGUGUUUGAACAAAUAAAGUUGCCUCUGUUUAUUGCUGUUUUUAGACAAAAGAGAAUGAAGAAAGUAAAAAGUACCUCUCUCACUGACUCUUGUUGACAUGUUUGUGAAAACAUUCUGGGAAAUACACAUAUUUGCUUUCUUUGUGAGAGUAAGAUGAGAAGAUCUGUAUUACUCUCAUGCCUUCGCACCGGAGGUAGAGCCAGGACGUGAUUAGCCUAGCUUAACAUAAAGACUGGAAGCAGGGGGGAAAAGCUAGCCUGACUCUAUCCGGAGCUCUCUAACUAACAAACUGUAUGUUGUUUGUUUAACCCAUACACAAAAACAGACAUUAUACAUUUCAGUCAUAUUAAGUUACUAGCUGAGAUACACUGUGGUAAAUAGUAAAUAGUAGGUGUUGGCAGGCUUACUUGGAGGGAGCCAGGCUAGCUGUUUCCCUCUGCCUCCAGUUUUUAUGCUAAGCUAAUUACCUCCGGCUCCAGCUCUGUACCUUAUACACAGACAUCUUCUAAUCUACCUCUUGGAAAGAAAGAGAACAAGCAUAUUUCACAAAAUAUUGAAGUAUUCAGUAUGAAGGCUAGAAAGGUCAUGAAACUCAUUCAACACAUAAAUGAAUACUAACGUUUGUUAACAUGUAAUACAAUUAAAAGAGUUUGUUUUUCUGCAACAGGUAUAUUAUAUUUGCCAGAGUUUCUACUUUUAACAAUCGUGAUAGAAAAGUAAUGAAUGAAGAGGGUUUGGUCUUGUGAUACACGCAUAAAUAAUCUUUUAUAUCUCAGAAAAAAAAAACUUCUACAAAAAGGGAAACAUACUAUUUUUGUAAACCUGUGUGUUGUAAUGAAAUGCGACUGGAUUGCAUUGAACUUCAAUAAAGCUUUU